AUGCCACCCGGUCGCGAGUCCAUAUGGCACCGGGACGAAAACAGUGAAACCUAUCGAGAAGGACGACCGCCGAAGAGGAGACGCCUAGGGCACGCGUACACCUUCAAACCCCUGUUGAAUGGAAAGGAGAACAAAGAAGCCGUGAGAUUUAGGCAGACGUUGUAUGAGUGGACUUGGGGUGAGCAGAAGCGCAAGAUUGAGCACAUCCUCAGCAGUGUCAAUGAACGGAUGCUCGUUGAGCUUGGCGACUUUGUCCGUCAUGCCUACACUGAAGAGCCGGCUGGCGUCCCUGUGGGCCUCGUCCUGGCUGGACCCAACAUCUCUUCGCACUCCCGCCUCUUCAAUCAGAUCACCUCUGCAACUCGGGCCCUCAAUUGCGGACCUGUGAUUCUCCUGACCUCACGAGAUGCACCAAACCUCAGAGCCUGUUUGAAGAAAAUCAUUGAGGGUGCAAUGGAUGCUGUUAUGGGAGAGACUGAGGAGGAUGAACUUGCUCCUUUGCGAUCUGGUGGAGAGAAGAAGGGAAUCAAGCUGGCAAACUACGAUUUGAAGAUUCUGGCAGCGUGGAUGAAGCACAAGUUGGGUGCAAUGAGCGCUUCUGCGGCUUCCUUCAAGAUCACCAUCGCAGUGCAGGACACCGAAACUCUUCCCGGAAACCUCCUUCCGCAACUCCUCAACCUUCUCCACAACUAUCUGCCUCAGAUCCCUGUCGUGGUUCUUUUAGGUAUUGCAACUUCCCUUCAACAUUUCCAAGAAACUCUACCGUCCGCCACCACCCGUCUUCUCCUAGCCCAGAAAUUUGAUGUCCGACGCGGAGAGGAUUGUCUUGAGGUCAUUGUGAGAGAAGUCCUCCUUGCACCAAGCAACAAGGUCAGACUAGGUGCCAGACUGUACGAGUUCUUGUGGGAUAAAUGGAGGAUGCACACACAGUCUAUCGAAUCUUUCGUUGAUGGAUUGCAGUUUGCGUACAUGUGUCACUUUUACGCAAAUCCCUUGUCUGUGCUCGUUGCAGCACCCGACACGAUGAGAGAUCGGCAGACUUGGGACACAGAGGAAAAUCAGGAAGGUUGGGGGGCACUUGAGUCAUGUUGGGAGGCCGUCCUGCAGAAGGAACACUUUCAAGCCAUCCGAACUUUGCCGUCAUUCCGUCACUUUGUUUCGAAACAAUUGGAAAUGCCAGACUGCAGGGCGGGGCGGGUUCGUGCCCUGCUUGAAAAUGACUUGACUCUGAGUUCUCUCAUUUCUGAAUUUGCCGCCGAGAACGUAAAGCAUGCCGCACAGCUUGAGAUGACGUUGAAUGUUUUGGAUGCUCUGCAAAGCUCACUGGUGUCCACCGCUGUGAAGAAAGGUCGAUUGGAGGUUUAUCUGAUGGCAUUGCAAGGUGAUAUUGUUGAUGGUCGAUGGUUGAAGGAGAUGCUCAUGUUGAUGAAGAAGAUGAACUCAGGAAGUUUGAAGCAGUUCCUGGCCAAGUGUGUGGAGGGAACAACAGGCUCCGAUGUGAAUGCAACAUUUGUCGGUCUCUUGGACGAACUGGUCCAGAUCUUGGAGGCAGAAGCAGUUAAAAUUGCAGUGGCAGAGGAAUCGUCAGAUGAAGAGGGGGAGAAGGAUCGCGGGUUGGUCUCCGAAUACACGCUGCAGGAGGCUAAAGAGGGAGACCGUGCAACACAUGUAAGCAAAAAGAUCCGCAUUGCUUCGUCAAAAGCAAGUAUGCGAAAUGGUGAAGUUGCAUACACAAAGGUCGUCGAGAAAGUACAUGCACUUCUGAAGGAGUACCUUGAGGCGUCAUUGAAGUCAUACACGGAGUUGACAUUGCACGAAGUGUUCUAUUACAAUGUGACAAAGCCGCAUCAGGAUGCAUUCUCCGCACAACACCGAGCAGCAAUCCAGACAGCCCUUACCCAACCCCAUCACUACCUCGCCUGCAGCUGUUGUGCACCACCUCAAAAUACUACUCGCCGUGAUGAAGAGAUCUUUGAUGACGAUGCAGAUGGGGGUCUCACGACGCAGCCAGACACUGCCAUUCUACAUCAAUUGUACAUGGAGUGUGGGUCAUUGAUCAAUGUCUAUGACUGGUUUACUGCGUUUGGAUCUAUUGCAGAGAGACGACACAAGGAAGACGAGGAUGAUGGAGACGAGGGUCGAGGGGUGUCCGAGGACGGGCAAGCGAGAUCACGGCACAAGGAGGACGAGGAGGAAGAAAGGAAGCAGGGUGACCAGGCGAGGUUCUUGAGAGGAAUGGCAGAGAUGCAGUUCAUGGGAUUCAUUAAACCGACGAAGAGAAAGACAGAUCACGUCUCUCGUCUCGUCUGGGGGUCAGGGUAG